CUCAACAUGGGGAUUCACCACCAGCUGAGUUUUCUUGCAAGCUUGGUGCUUGUUAUUCACGCUGGACCGAUUUUAAAGCCCGCUGACAAAGAUGAAGCCACUGCAGAGCAUUACCUGAAGAGCUUCUACAAUCUAACGGAUAUGACAGAUGAAACAACUGCCUUCCGAAGAGAGGCCAGUCCACUGACUGAGAAGAUGAAAGAGAUGCAGAAGUUUUUCGGGCUUAAGGUCUCUGGAAAGCUGGACAAAGAAACAAUGGAGAUGAUGAAGAAGCCCCGCUGUGGAGUUCCAGAUGUUGCUGCGUACUCCACAUUUGGAGGCAAACCCAAAUGGCAGACCAACAAGCUCACCUACAGAAUCGUGAACUAUACCCCUGACAUGUUAAAAGCUGAAGUGGAUGAAUCCAUGGAGAAAGCCCUGCAGGUCUGGGCCAAUGUCACUCCUCUGAGAUUCACCCGUAUCUACAAAGGCACAGCUGACAUCAUGAUCUCCUUUGCUACAAGUUAUCAUGGUGAUGCUUCCCCAUUUGAUGGACCACAAGGCAUAUUGGCUCAUGCUUUUGCUCCUUCUCUUGGAAUCGGUGGAGAUGCACAUUUCGAUGAUGAUGAGUUUUUCGCAUUCCGCUCAUCUAAAGGAAUUGUCCUGUUCUUGGUGGCCGCCCAUGAGUUUGGUCACUCUUUGGGUCUUUCUCAUACUAACGUUCCUGGCGCUCUGAUGUUCCCCACAUACAGCUUUACUGAUCCGGAUAGUUUCUCUCUGUCCAGUGAUGACAUCAGAGGGAUUCAGUCGCUCUAUGGCACAAACAGAGACAUAACCCCCAUCCAACCUCAUCCAGAAGUACCAACAACUAAGGCUUGUGACCCUAAUCUGAUCUUGGAUGCAGCCACAACUCUAAGGGGUGAAACAAUGUUCUUCAAGGACGGCUUUUUCUGGCGUAGAUCUCCGAGCAGAACUGUGACGCAACUUCCGAUCAAGAGUUUCUGGGCCAGCGCUCCGGAUAAUAUAGAUGCUGCUUAUGAGGAUCCAGUGCAAGAUAAACUUUUCCUAUUCAAAGCUCUUUGCGACGGCGCUCCCACGACAGCAUCACCAGAAGACCAUCAAAUAGCAGAGGCUUAUCUGUCGCAGUUCUACAGGGACAAGAACGCAACAUUCAGCGGCAGAAUCCUCCCAAAUCUAGAAAAGGAACUGAAGGCCAUGCAGGAUUUUUUUGGACUGGAGGUCACGGGUAAGCUGGACUCGAACACUCUUGAGACGAUGAAGCUGCCGCGCUGUGGAGUCACUGAUGUGGCCAGAUACGGACACUUUCAGGGAAAGCCCAAGUGGAAGCAGAGCGUUGUAACAUACAGAAUAACUGAAUAUACAUCACAGCUGAGCAAGAGAGAGGUGGACACUACCAUCACUAAAGCUUUCCAGCUCUACAGUGAUGUUAUUGCACUUGACUUCAAACAGAUCUACAACGGCACAGCUGAUAUCAUGAUUCUCUUCAAAGCAGAAUAUCAUGGAGAUUUUUACCCAUUUGAUGGGCCUAAUGGGGUUCUGGCCCAUGCCAACGCUCCCGGUCCAGAGCAGGGAGGAGACACACACUUUGAUGAUGAUGAGAGGUGGACGCUAAGAUCACGAGAUAUAAACCUGCUUUUGGUGGCGGCUCAUGAAUUCGGACAUGCACUGGGACUAGAGCACUCCAAAGACCCUUUGGCUCUCAUGUAUCCAACUUACCGAUAUGUCAACACGAAUGGCUAUACACUUCCUCGUGAUGACCGAAUUGGGGUCCAGGCCCUGUACGGAGUUAGAACACCAAAACCAAAUUCUGGACUGACCCCACCAUAACCGUGUAAGCGUGACUUAGUAUUUGAUGCAGCAACCAGCUUUCGUCGACAAUUGUACUUCUUUAAAAAUGGGUAUUACUGGAAGAAGGGCUUCUACAGUGGACUUUCAAUGCAUGAAAUAAAAUCUACCUGGCCAACCAUUGACUCUGUUGAUGCUGCUUAUGAGUUCAGAGACAGAGACAUUAGCUUCCUCUUCAAAGGUCAGCAGUACUGGGCAGUAAAGGGCAACACUACUUUGCUUGGAUAUCCCAAACCCAUAUAUAAAUUCGGGUUUCCCAAAUACGUGAGAAAGAUUGAUGCAGCUGUAUAUGUAAAGUCAACCAAACGCACUUUGUUUUUUGUUGGAACCAAAUACUGGAGCUUCAAUGAAAGAACAGUUCAGAUGGACAGAGACUUUCCUAAAACUAUUCGACGUAAUUUCCCUGGCAUUGGGUCACGGGUGGAUGCUGCUUUUGAAAAUUAUGGUUAUCUGUAUUUCUCAGAAGGUUCAAGGCAAUCGGAGUAUAAUUUCACCUCAAGACGAGUGAAUCGUUUUCUGUUGAACAAUGGAUGGCUAGA